AUGGCUGUCACUGCCUGCCAGGGCUUGGGGUUCAUAGUUUCACUGAUCGGGAUUGCAGGCAUCAUUGCCGCCACCUGCAUGGACCAGUGGAGCACCCAGGACUUGUACAACAACCCGGUGACAGCUGUAUUCAACUACCAAGGCCUGUGGCGCUCCUGUGUCCGCGAGAGCUCUGGCUUCACCGAGUGCCGGGGCUACUUCACCCUGCUGGGGCUGCCAGCCAUGCUGCAGGCAGUGCGAGCCCUGAUGAUCGUGGGCAUUGUUCUGGGUGCCAUCGGCCUCCUGGUAUCCAUCUUUGCCCUGAAGUGCAUCCGCAUUGGCAGCAUGGAGGACUCCGCCAAAGCCAACAUGACACUGACCUCUGGGAUCAUGUUCAUCAUCUCAGGUCUCUGUGCAAUCGUUGGAGUAUCUGUAUUUGCCAACAUGCUGGUUACUAACUUCUGGAUGUCUACAGCUAACAUGUACACUGGCCUGGGUGGGAUGGUGCAGACCGUUCAGACCAGGUACACCUUUGGUUCAGCUCUGUUCGUGGGCUGGGUCGCCGGAGGCCUCACACUAAUUGGGGGUGUGAUGAUGUGCAUCGCCUGCCGGGGCCUGGUUCCUGAAGAAAGCAACUACAAAGCCGUGUCUUAUCAUGCCUCAGGCCACAAUGUCGCCUACAAGCCAGGAGGCUUCAAGGCCAGCACUGGCUUUGGGCCCAGCAGCAAAAACAAGAAGAUAUACGAUGGGGGUGCCCGCACAGAGGACGAGAUGCAAUCUCAUCCCUCCAAGUACGACUAUGUGUAGCAUUCCAAGGCACCUCAGCAUGGGCAGAAGAACCCCCCAAUUAGAGCUCACUUGAAAAACAGGGAAAUUUUACCUUGACUCCUUAUUGCUUUUGACUCACAGUUGAAAGUAAGAAAAACCUUGAUUUCACCCGGAAGGAGGCCUGAUGGUCUGGGCCACUGUCUCUGUGUUUCUAAUGUUCCAUCACAAAAACAGCUGAGUUAUCAGAUAUGAAUUAGACGCUACAGUUCACAGUUUCCAAUCCUCUGUUUUUUUUUUUAAUUUAACCUUUCUAAUCUGAUGAUAGAAUGUGGUUUGAAUUCCUAUCAGACAAUAGCUCAUCGAUGAUCUAUUUCCCAACUCAUCCCCCAGAACAAUUCUGAAAGGAAAAAAGGAGAGUCCAUCAAAAGACAUCAUUUCCUACUAUUUGAUUUUAACCUCCCCGGCCAACUUGGCUACUAAUAAACACUGAUUGAAGUAGAGCUGAUAGGGAAAGAUAUUUGUAAUGUCUCCAGCUCAUUAUCUGAGUUUUCUUACACUGUGAUCUUGACAUUACCUGGACU